ACGAGCCCCCACAACCCCCCCGCCCUUUCGUCUCUCGUCGCCAGUCGCAAGCAGCAGCGUCCGCCAUGCAAGCGUCCCGUGGGCUCGCCGGUUUCCUCGCCAAAGGGCAAUGGAGUUCUAUGCACCAAGAUGUUCUAAAAGGAUUAUCACGCAGGCAGUAUGCGUCGGAGGCAAUCCGCGGAGCGGUGAUCGGCAUCGACCUGGGCACCACCAACUCCUGCGUGGCGGUGAUGGAGGGCAAGCAAGCCAAGGUGCUGGAGAAUGCGGAAGGCGCCCGGACGACACCAUCUGUGGUGGCCUUCACCGCGGAUGGCGAACGACUGGUGGGUAUGCCCGCCAAGCGGCAGGCCGUCACCAACCCAAACAACACCUUCUAUGCCACCAAGCGUCUCAUCGGACGCCGCUUCGAUGACUCCGAUGUGCAGAAAGACAUGAGUAACUUAUCGUACAAGAUAGUACGGGCGUCCAAUGGGGAUGCUUGGGUGGAGGCCCACGGGAAGGUGUACUCUCCCAGUCAAAUCGGGGCCUUUGUGCUCUUGAAGAUGAAAGAGACCGCUGAAAACUUCAUGGGAACGUCCGUGAAGAAUGCAGUGAUAACAGUGCCAGCAUACUUCAAUGACUCGCAGAGGCAGGCAACAAAAGAUGCUGGACAAAUCUCUGGUCUGAACGUUCUGAGGGUGAUCAAUGAGCCAACUGCAGCUGCCCUCGCCUACGGUUUGGACAAGGCGGAUGACAAAGUCAUUGCCGUGUACGACUUGGGAGGAGGCACCUUCGACAUCUCCAUCCUGGAGAUCCAGAAGGGGGUGUUUGAGGUGAAGUCGACCAAUGGAGACACCUUCCUGGGUGGUGAGGACUUCGACAACGCCCUGCUCAAGUACAUUGUUAAGGAGUUCAAACGCGAGUCUGGUGUGGACCUCACCAAAGACAGCAUGGCCCUGCAACGUGUGCGGGAGGCAGCCGAGAAGGCCAAGUGUGAGCUCUCCUCCUCUCUGCAGACUGACAUCAACCUGCCGUACCUGACGAUGGACUCAUCGGGCCCCAAGCAUCUCAACAUGAAGCUGACGCGGUCGCAGUUUGAGAACAUUGUGGGCGAUCUGAUCCGCAAGACCAUCGCUCCCUGCCAGAAGGCCCUGCAGGACGGCGAGGUGGCCAAGUCUGACAUCGGCGAUGUCAUCCUUGUUGGUGGCAUGACCCGCAUGCCCAAGGUCCAGCAGACGGUGCAGGAGGUGUUUGGUCGCGCGCCCAGCAAGGCGGUGAACCCAGACGAGGCGGUGGCGAUCGGCGCCGCUAUCCAGGGCGGCGUCUUGGCGGGCGAUGUCACGGACGUGCUGCUGCUCGACGUAACUCCCCUCUCGCUGGGCAUCGAGACCCUGGGUGGCGUCUUCACCAAGCUCAUCAACCGCAACACGACCAUCCCCACCAAGAAGUCACAGGUGUUCUCUACUGCCGCCGACGGACAGACCCAGGUGGAGAUCAAAGUGUUCCAGGGUGAACGCGAGAUGGCCGGUGACAACAAGAAUCUGGGACAAUUCACUCUGGUGGGCGUCCCACCAGCCCCGCGCGGGGUACCCCAGAUCGAAGUGACCUUCGACAUCGACGCCAACGGCAUCGUGCACGUAUCCGCCAAGGACAAGGGCACGGGACGCGAGCAGCAGAUUGUCAUCCAGUCAUCUGGUGGCCUCAGCAAGGAUGAGAUUGAGAACAUGGUCAAGAACGCAGAGAAGUACGCGGAAGAGGACCGGAGGAGAAAGGAUCGUGUGGAGGCCGUGAACCAGGCGGAAGGCAUCGUCCAUGACAUCGAGAGCAAGAUGGAGGAGUUUAAAGAUCAGCUUCCAGCUGAUGAGUGCACCAAGCUGAAGGAGGAGAUCGCAAAGGUGCGGGAGCUGCUUACGCGGAAGGACACCGAGACGGGCGAGGCCAUCAAGCAGGCGGCCUCCACCCUGCAGCAGUCCUCGCUCAAGCUGUUCGAGAUGGCCUACAAGAAGAUGGCAUCAGAGAGGGAAGCUGGAGGAAGUGGCAGCGGCGGCAGCAGCGGUGGCAGCGCGGGCAGCAGCAGCGGCGGCAGCAGCGGCAGCAGCGGUGGCAGCCAAGAGGAGAAGAAAGAAGACAAGCAGUAACGCCAGUCAAACGCACGGAUUACAAUAUUGGCGUUUGACUAUGGACACCGGAACCCCCCCCCCCCACACACCGUUGUGUAGCGUUACGAAAAUAUAAUUCCACUUGAGAUUCAUUCAUUACGUGAGAGUUGGUGAGCAGAUGGGGACAGAUGGUCACUUAACAGUGUUGUGGAAACGCAAGCCGCUUGCGUAACUACAGCACUAAUGAUAAAAAAAGUACACGGCAGGCAACUUAUUCCGCUGUUUAUUUUCAUUUUAAAUUGACAGCAUUUGUGAUUGCACAGUCAUUUCUAUGGCCCGUUUCAGAGAAGAAAAAAGAGAAAUAUAAUUUAUUUUGCUGGCUUUUUUUACCGACGCAUGUUUUGUGGCUAAAGCAAGGGGGGAAGGCGCAGGGAGGACGCUAGUUUUUGAAGGCGCUUACACACUGAUGCUGGCUGCUGUAUAGUAUAUAUCUGCAAAUCAUUGGACUUAUCUACAGCUUGCGCUUGUGAUUGGGGCACUGUUGGCGAUGUGGAAGUGAGUGGAGGGAGAAGGGUAUUAAAUGGCCUUGUAUUUACUGGUAGUAGGUCUGUGCUCUGUACAGAGUUAGAUAAUUUUUUUAAGUGUAUUGUUGGUGUCUGCUACAUUACUGCCUAUUAUUGAGGCAAUACUGUAUCCCAACGCACUUGUACGUUUCAAUGUGAUUACAAAAUAAAGGUGAUGCAUCGUG